AUGAAUGGGCAAGCCCGUCCGGCACGAGUGUUUGAUACAAUUUGUAAACACCGAACGAAUAAGCUUCAAACAAAAUUAAGGAUGACGUCUGAAGAAACGCAGAUUUCCGAAGAACUGAAGGGUUGUUAUGAGAAUCUUAUUGUAAUCGACAUUGGCGCAAAUUUAACGAACAAAAAGUACAGUCGCGAUCUCGAAUCAGUGGUGCAAAGGGCAAAAGAUGCAGGCGUUCAAAAAAUCAUGGUCACUGGGACCUCGGUGAGGAAUAGCAAGGAGGCCCUUCGACUGACUCGCUUGUAUCCUGGAACAAUUUAUUCCACAGCUGGCGUGCACCCGCACGACGCCAAGUCGAUGGUGGAGGAGGAGCAGUGGUCGGAGCUGGCCGCGACGGCGCGCGCUCCCGAGUGCGUGGCGCUCGGCGAGUGCGGCCUCAACUACACCAAGGACUUCUCCGAGCCCAAGGUGCAGCGCCACGUCUUCCGGAGACAGGUGGAAAUGGCGUGCCAAAUCCAGAAGCCGCUGUUCAUCCACGAGAAGGAGGCCCAGGAGGACCUGGUGAAGAUCCUGGACGAGUUCGGCGCCAGGCUGCCGCCCGUGGUGGUGCACUCGUUCACCGGCACCGUGGACCAGGGGCUGAGGUACAUCGAGAGGGGCUACUACCUGGCCAUCACGGGCUACAUCUGCAAGGACAAGUCCGACGGCGGCAUCCGGCGGCUGCUCUCGGAGAGGAUCCUGCCCCUGGACAAGUUGCUGGUGGAGACGGACUCGCCGUUCAUGUACCCCAACAUGAGGGCCUCCAAGCUGCCGCUGCACGUCAAGGACUCGCUCACGGAGAGGUCGAUGAACUUCGUCAACCGCUACUGCACGUUCCAACGCAACGAGCCGUGCGCGCUGCCGGCGAUAGUGGAGCUGGCGGCCGGCUUCAUGGGGCGCAGUCCCCAGGACGUGGCGCUCGCCACCGCCUUCAACGCGCUCAAGCUCUUCGGCCUCAGCCAC